UCCUCUUGUCUCGCAGGCUCGAGGGCGCAUUGGUUAACUUGGAAAUGUAUUUUUCACUUUUCUGGGCGACGAACAAUAACACGAAUGAGUUUUGCAAAUAUAUUGUGCAAAAUAUUUUUUUCGGAAUUGAUCCAAAAUGUAGGAUAAAGGAGUGCGCUAAAAUAUUGGUGGGGUCUAGUACCUAGCGUCCCUCAGACUUCUGACUUGAUAGUUUGACUUUCACUUAACGGUAACUGAACCACCGCGCCAUCUGAGCGCAUUCUUGACACCGCCCCGCACCAGGACCAGCUCGACCGCAGGUCUCCGUUAUCUUUAGUAGAACAUGUCUGCCUCCAAUCUCUGUGGAAUUUUCGUCCUUCUUUCAUUCUCAGUGUUUCAAUGUUUUGCCUUAAACGAUCCAGCCUGUGCAGACCUGCUGCAGAUCAGCCCCUCCAGGCUGGUGGUGAGGUACGAAGACCCAGCCUCGGCCCUCUGCACCAUCACCCAGGAUGCCGUAGACCCAGACCUGUUCAGCUGGGAGGCUUCUACGGGCCACACGCUGAUCUCUGGGCCUAGAAACAGAACCUGGAAGGUGGACAAGGUUGACCAGUGGGACAUGGCACCUCAGUGUUACAGCAACUUCCUUGUGAAGAAUGAGGAUGUCCAGUGUAACACACAGCUGAAAAUGACUGUUUACCAGCCUCCAGACAGCAUCCAGCUGCUAGCAGAGAUGGAAGGAGACAUGGUUGAGGGUAGAGAGUACACAUUUAACUGCUCUAUAGAGAAGGUUGCUCCCAUCCAGGAUCUCAAGGUACGGUUCUACAGAGGAGACACCCUGCUGGACACCCAGGUGCCUAAUGAAACCACAGGGCUCAAGCCCCAGAGUGCAGCCUUCCCUCUGACCGUGACGGCCAGGGAGGAGGACGAUGGCUCGGAGGUGUGGUGUGAGGCCAGCCUGGACCUGGACCUGGAGGACAGGCCUGUGAAGAAGUCUGCAAGAGUCAGGACCAGUGUGCUCUACCGCCCCAGAAUACAGACGCAUCUAGAUUCAAAACAGCCAGUCAGCAUCACUGAAGGAGACACUCUGGAACUAAACUGCACAGCGCGAGCUAAGCCCGCCCCCUCCUACUCCUGGACAAUCCCCCAAGGUCUCGGCCACACCCUCAAUACAUCGGUCCUCAUCCUCCCUCACGUAAAGCACACAGGAAAUUACACGUGUACUGUCCAGAACAGCCAAGGGACUGAUGCCAUAACGUACCUGGUGGAGGUCAAAGUGGACUGGCUCCCCAUCAUAGCAGCGCUAGUGGGGGCGGUGAUAUUGGUUGUCAUAGUAAUUGGAUGUCUCAUAUUCAAGGCCCACUACAAUCAGACCAGGACCGGAGGCUACGACUUAAGGAACAUCUUCCAAUCACUGAAGGGCGCCAGCAAUCAUGUGGCCCUGUCCAAUGGGUCUCUUUUGUAGGGCGGGGCUUAGGGAGGUUUACUGGAAAACAUUUUGGUUGUUUUAGCCAAUCUCUUUUGUAGGGCGGGUCUUAGGACAGUCCAUAGACAAACCUACUGGUGAUGAUGGUAAAUGCUGGUGUAAAUUAACAAAAUAUAGUGUAAAUAAAUCAAUGGCUAAAGAUAUUUAGGCAAGACACUGGACAAGAUACAGUAUUUGAGGUGUUGUAAACCUACAGAUGUGCCUCCACAAACGUUCUUGUUGCUAUGUUGUUUGUUUCUGUCGUGUUGCUAAAGAUGUCCAACAUGUGUUUAAGGUGUGCUUGAAUGUGAAUGUAGACCUUCUGAGGACUGAGUACAGGAACAGCACAUUCACAUGGUUAUGUUUCUAUGGUGGCAAAAGGAAUGUCACAGGAAUAUGAGUGACUGUUUCAAUGUGAGACAAAUUGACUUUCAGUCAUGUAAUGUCAAAUGUCUUUGCAUUAUAGAUCUGAACAUGAAAAGUGACAAAUCUUCUAAAAAAGGUUUUCAAGACUGCCAUUUACGAACCAUAGUACUAGCUUAACCAUGACAGAAAGAUAACUUGAUAGCAAAGUAACAUUUUUGAGCGUUUCUAAAAAGGUUUCCAGACUAAAAGGUUAACAGUAUUCUGAAUAUGUGAUGUAAAAAAAAGACCUACUUUUCGUUUCAACACCGAAGCAUCCACAGUUAUCAUAGGUCAUACCAAGUCCGUAGCCAUGGAGACAACAUGGGGCAGGGAUGUAGUGGGGGCUAAACGCACGUAAACGCCGUUUACGCACCUCCCGCCGGCUUGACGACCCUGUAAAUAAAUAAAUAAUAAAAUUCAUAGUUUACCCACCUCAAUUUUUACCACUACACCACUGAUUGGGGGGGAUGAAUUACAUUUUUUAUGAUAAUUUUGGACAGCGUGCGUGGUUGCCUGGGGAUGUGUGUCCCCCAAUAUAUAUUAUGAUUACAGCCUUGAGUCACACAAGUUUUAUCUACAUAAGUAAAUCACUGACGCUCAGCAUACUGUGACUGAGUUAUAAUCAACGGUUUUGUGUGUGUGAGUGGGUAGACAUUUGAUGUGCUAUGUUUUUCCACCGUUAAUAAAAACUAUUGUGAGGGAA